CAUAUUUUAUUGUAUUUAAAGUUAAUGAUAUGAUCAAUAUGUAUGGCAAAGGUGAAUCUCAUCUUCAAAAGUGUCCUACCUGUGAUUACGAAGAAGAGUUAAAAAGUGGUGGGGUACAUGUAACUGAAAAUGGGGCGGUUAUUGUGUACGCCAAUGACGACCAAUUUUCUUGCCCAAAUUGCUCUUCAGAAAAUGACAAGCAACAGCCAGAAAACAUUUCUGGCUUUAAUGAUAACGGUGGAAACGAUAAUGGUCCAGUUAUGAAUUUCCAAAAAGAAGUUAAUCCAGUCACAAACAUGAGAAGAAGUCAAGAAAAACCAUUGACAGAAGAAACAAAGUCAAAUCGUGAAACGGCCCCAAGUUUGCCCCGUAAAAAAAGAAAAAGCAAUUUAGAGAAAACUUAGAGGUUAUAUUUGCAAAAUUUCAACAGUCGUCAGCAGCUGAAUUUGAAAGGUAUUGAGCAAAUCAUGUACGAGUCUCAAUAUGAAACGCAUAUGUGCUGAGUAGGGAUUUAUUUACAGAUUAAUGCAAGGAAUGAGGUACUGUAUAUUUC